UUGCUUCAUCCAGUGCGCAUGCGCACAAGAGGAGUCACUUCAUGUGUGUUACGUCGUGUCCGGUGGAGGUCACAGACAUCUGAGAUAAACCGAGGUUGCUGUCAUGGCUAAGCUUUUUGAGUCUAUUGGGAAGUUGGGGCUGGCCCUCGCCGUCGGUGGAGGUGUUGUAAAUUCUGCUCUUUUCAACGUGGAUGCAGGGCACCGGGCUGUGAUAUUCGACAGGUUCAGAGGAGUGCAGGAUGCCGUUGUUGGUGAAGGAACCCAUUUCCUCAUUCCCUGGGUUCAGAAGCCAAUCGUCUUUGAUUGUCGUUCCCGUCCACGCAAUGUGCCUGUCAUCACCGGCAGUAAAGAUCUGCAGAAUGUAAACAUCACACUACGUAUCCUCUUCCGGCCGGUGACCAAUCAGCUUCCACGAAUCUUCACCAGUAUCGGGGAGGACUAUGACGAGAGGGUGCUACCAUCCAUCACCACAGAGGUCUUGAAGGCUGUAGUGGCUCGGUUUGAUGCUGGUGAACUCAUCACCCAGAGAGAGCUUGUGUCUCGGCAGGUCAGUGAGGACCUUACAGAAAGAGCCUCCACCUUUGGCCUCAUCUUGGAUGACGUUUCACUGACACACUUGACCUUUGGCAAGGAGUUUACAGAAGCUGUUGAGAUGAAGCAGGUGGCUCAGCAGGAGGCAGAGAGGGCUCGUUUUAUUGUAGAAAAGGCAGAGCAACAGAAGCAGGCUGCCAUCAUCUCAGCAGAAGGUGAUUCUCAAGCAGCCUUGCUCAUCGCCAACUCCCUAAUGGAGGCUGGUGAUGGUCUGGUAGAGCUGCGAAAGCUGGAGGCGGCUGAAGAUAUUGCAUUCCAGCUCUCCCGCUCCCGCAACAUCACCUACCUACCCUCCGGACAGGGCACACUGCUCCAGUUACCACAGUGAUAAAAUCUUGCCACAUGUUCUCCCCACUGUUGCUGUCUCCACCUGUUUCGUGGUUGGAGGAUUCAAUAAAGGAUUCUCCCAACUUAACACAUAUUUCUCCCACUUGUUUUCUAACCAACUCUGAACUGGGCCCUGCCGCUUGCAGCAAGGUGGAGACAGUGAGAGGACCAUUUUUGGAAGUCCACCCACGUGUAAGGAAGUGGAAAUGGGCUAUUUGCUCCCACUGUUUUAACCAACAUACAUAUAUAGUGCUUUGUUUUGAGAAUUGACAAUGUAGUAAAUUCUGCUAAUAUUUGUCUUUACUUCAUUGUUUCAGAUACACAGCACUAAAUAUGUGGAAAGCAAUUGUUUUUCACUUAAAGUUAAAAGUGAUUAAUUGCCCAGUUAAUGCGCUGGAAUGUUUUAUCAAAUAGUUCCAACUAUAUUCAAAUCUGUUCGGUUCAAAGGCUGUGCUUUGAAUUCCCACUUUAAACUGAGGAUGUAUUCAUUUGAGUUCUGUUCUGACUGUUUCUGGCUAUAUGGAUUGAGAUGACUGAAAAAUUACAGCUUUAUUAAAGAUAUUGUCAUGUCCAUUUGGAAUGUGCCUGUUGGAAAGUAGAUAAUGAUCAUUCAUUCCCGACUAUUGUCACUGUGUCUUUAGUUUCAUGUGGAGACGGUAGCCCCAAGAUUCACAAAUGGCUCGGCUUAAUAAAAUUGUCUUUCUA